UCCAUUUUGACAAGCAUGAGGCGUCGCAAAGAGCACCGCACAGCCAUCCACAGUGUUCCAGCAACUAGCAACUCGGUCCAUAAGCCAGUCGGCAACGUUAUCACACCAACUCGGUAUGCUCUGUCAACUGGCGAUGCGGCUGUUUUGUUGGUGCUUGCAGCGGGGACUCUGCUCGUCUACACUAUGACACUUUACCCGUCGAUCGCUGGGGGUGACAGCGGGGAGCUCGUGGCCGAGUCCUGCCAUUUGGGUAUUUCGCAUCCUCCCGGUUAUCCUCUCUUCAAUAUGAUCGUCCACCUCUUCACACAGUACUUGCCGCUCGGCGACACCCCAGCAUGGCGAGCCAACUUUUUCUCGGCUGUUUGCGACACAGUGACGGUGUCGUUUAUUUAUCUUAGUUUGUUGCAUUGGAUGGCGCUAACUGGGUGGACUGGACGACGUGUUGCGGCUUUCACUGCUGCUGUACGCCACAUUUUCUUAAGCUUUUCUUUAAAUUGGUGGAAUUUCUUAUUUAAAAUUAAAUUUGAUAUUGUAUUGUAGGCUCUGUUUGGGUUCUCACCGCUCAUCUGGACGUACGCGGUGGGGGCUGAAGUUUUUGCACUGAAUAACGCUUUUGCAGCAGUGUUGGUGUUUUUAUUGAUGCAGUACGCACGUCGUGGAGAUUUUAAGUCGGCAUUGACAGGGGCGUUUACUUGUGGUCUGGGAAUGUGUAACCAGCACACGAUCAUAUUAUUCGAACUGCCCAUCAUUGCGUGGGUGUUGUGGUCUAGAAGACGAUCGCUGUGGUGGAAGGAGGUUGCACACUUUACAGGCGCUUUUGCUCUUGGAUUGACGCCGUACAUUUACAUGCCGAUCACGGCAAAUUGGAACCCUCAGCCAGGAUCUUGGGGAGAUGUUUCGACAUUAAGCGGUUUAAUUCACCAUAUCCGUCGAGCGGACUAUGGCACAUUCCGGUUAUAUGCGAGCGAUGAGGCCAACGAAGAUCUAUGGACGCGGCUGUAUCUGUACGGAGUUGACUUAACAAACCGAGAAAUUCCGUUCCAGCUUGCAUUCCCCAUUAUUGGACUGGGUAUGCUUCAAACUCUCCGUGUUAGUACAAACAUGAACCGUCAACUCGGUGGGUUCAUGAUAGCUAUGUACACUUUCUACAUGAUCGUUUUCCAUUCUUUGGCCAAUCUUCCGAUCAGUGAAGGGCUCAUUUAUGGGGUUCAAAUGCGCUUCUGGCAACAACCAAAUGUGGUCAUAUUCAUCUGGUUCGGUGUUGGACUUGGAUAUAUCGUGAAUUUAGUCGCACAAGUAAUUGGAGGCACUUCGAGAGUGAUGAAGACUGCGAGUUCUAUGAUUCUUCAUAUCGCGUGUUUGGCACUGGUAGGUGCUCAGAUUUGGCGUUGGUACGAACUGUGUGAUCAGAAUCAAGCAUUUUACAUCAGAAACUACGCUCAUGCACUACUAGACCCGCUACCACCAAACGCUAUACUCUUCGUGAAUUUUGAUCUACAGUGGACUUCAUUGCGAUAUCUGCAGCGCUGUGAACUUAGACGCCCAGAUGUCACUGUUCUCAAUCUUUCAAUGAUGACUUACAAAUGGUUUGCUACAAAACAUGAUCAUUAUCCGAAUCUUCAAUUUCCAGGAUCAAGACUUGUUCCAUUCGGCUCAGUGAGCGACGGCUUUAGCAUGACCCAGCUGUUAGACACGAAUAUUGUACAAACAUUUUCAGAGAAGCAGUUACGCUUCUUCUUGGGUGGGAAACUGAGCUACAAUGACCAGGACUUUAUCGAGAAGUACACUCUUGUGCCGUAUGGACUACUUGACGAGUUCCAGAGCUUGACAACCCCGUCUCCAUCUCUGAAAAACUGGUAUUCAUCGCAACAAAAAGUCAAGAGGAUGAUACGCGAGCGCCUAUCGACGCUUCCUCCUGAGAAAAUUUACAAUGAUGAAACCUGGGAAUGGACAAUUGCUCGAGAUUACGGAAUGAAAGAGCUCAACUGGGCGACGUAUUUGCUGGAGAGAACCAUCGCGGAGGACCCUGAAAAUCUAACAUUGUUGAGCGAAGCUGCUAAGCCUAUGGAGUUGUCGUACCAAUUGGAGCCGUCAGAAUUCUGGAACGCAGCGUCUAACUUGAAAAAUUUAGGACUCGCGUAUGCUCAAAUGGUCAAGUCCAGCCAUGAGUUCACUACCUCAACCGAUCCAUUCUUCAAUGAAGUUGUGGGUGCAGGCGUGGAAGACUCGAGGUUUAAAGAUCGAGCUUCGGCUCGAAUGCUGGAAGUAUGGAAUUCAUGGCUUCAAGUACCUGAAGCCAAGCUAGACCAAGGAUACGAAGCAAUUAGAAGCAUCGUCCGCAAGUUUGUUCCGGAAGAAAAGAAACUUGAAAAAUCUAGUAAGCGGCGUAAGAAAAAAUCCCCAAAGAAGAGGGUUUCUACGAAGACUGGCAAGAAGUAGCUAAUUCGGACAAAGUAUACCACAUACCACCUGGCUUUGGAUAGUUACUGGUAUAGCUUGAUCAACUCGUCCGAAACUGCAGAUGGAGUGAGCACACCCAGAUCUGUGAACAUCAAUGCGAUGUAUCCAGGCGGAGUGUAAUCGAAGAAGGGGCUUGCAAACGACACGUUCCUCAUCGUCUCGUCAGUAGGCUCUCCACCAGCAAGAUCACCAGAGAUCGCAGCCAUCUGCUUCUGCGGGACGUCACGCUGCGUUAAUGGAUACAGUCGAGCGAACUUGUAGCUCUCCGCUGCCACGUAAAACUGCUUGUUCAGGGCCUGUGCGAUCACAGCAAUCGAGUACGUGCCGAUCUAAAACAAUAAUAUUAGCAAUACGUUUCCAUCA